AUAAAAGUAUUUGAAUUUAGAUACAAUAGACUACCCAUGAAAAUGAAUAUAAGGAUAGCAAACAUAGUUUAUCGUCUCCUUCAGAAUGUUAUCAAAUUUCGAAAGUAAUAAAGUAAAUAAAUGCAGAAAAAUAUGCACAUUAAAUUGUGUCUUCAACUAUAUGUUUAUUUGUCUAUCAAAAAAGAUGAGAAGUUUGAAGUCUGUUGAUCCGUUAAAUUUCAUGAUUUUAUCUUUGGAAUUUGUUAAAUAAAACUAAUCUGAGCAAUUAUACUAUGUAUUCAAUAUUUUGUAUAUAUAUUGAUUUUUAAUCAGAAUUUUGUUAUACUGUCAUAUUUAAUGUCAAAAAGGUUUGUAUGCACAUGGUCGUAGAUUUCGAGAUGUAAUUAAAAAAAUUUUUUUUUUCUGAUGUGUUGCAUAUUCGCGGAGAAUGCCGUAUAACAUUUUUUGAUACACGCGAUGAUUGUACGUCAAAAAAGAAAUUUACAUUAAUGGCAAAAUGGAAAAAAAAACCGAAGGUAAAUCAAGUACUUGCGCAUCUGCGCGAAGAAACGCACGUACGCGCCGAGCGGGAAACAAAACCCGACAACGAGCGACAAACAAUGGAGACACACAAUAUUCGAGUCGAUUCGAUUCGCCAAGGAAGAUGCCGUGCCCUGCGCGAGGUUAGGGAACAUGUACGUAUUAUAAAAGGCGAUCGAAAAGAUGGCGGCCCGCAAAAUAUACCCAUAAUGCCCCGCGCGAUUGAUUUGCGCAUGUCAGUUGCUCGCAUUGCAAAUGGCGGCACCUUGUUAUUGUUCAUGGCGUUUUAUGACUUGUCUCUUUAUAUUAGCGAUUAUGUCGAGUUUUUUCGCGAUUCCUGCCGCGCACUGUGUGCUAAGAGUGAAGUAAGAUCCGCGGGGUGUGUUUUAGGUUAAGACCAGUGCCCGGGCGGUGUGUCUCCGUGCUGUACGGACGCGUGAAAUCCCGCACAGUGUCGGAAAGAAAUGGGCAAACUGGAUUAAUAGUUCUGGUGUGAUUUGGGGCUGUCGGUGUAAAACUGGCACACGACAUCUCAGUAUCACACAUAUAUUGGAGCAAUACCCUGAGGCGUGUUUAACCUCUCUGGGUAGUUAUGUGAUUUGUAGUUGUCAUGGCGGCAGAUAGUGAUGGUGAUCUGAUUGAGACGGUAGUAACGUGUGAGGGUGACCUUGGAGAUCCAGAGUUUCCUCAGAAAUUUCAAGUCAUUGUUGAUCAUCUCAAUACUUUGCUUUGCAAAGAUAAGAGAGAUGGUCUGAGAGUAAACAAAGUGGAACCAUGGAAUUCUGUAAGAGUAACAUUUUCAAUACCCAGAGAAGCUGCUCUGCGGCUUCGCGAGUUAGCGGCUCAGGGUUCUCCAACACUUACGCAACUUGGCAUACUCUCAGUACAGGUCGAAGGAGAUCAGGUAAUAUCUUUGAGGAUAGCCAGUCGUUUCGGUGGAGACGCGCAAGAAAUCGUGCUUCAUUCUGGAACUACACAAGAUGGCGGAACAAAGGCGCAAGACGAUACCAAUAAUACAGCUACUGUUGAUCCCAGUUCUUCAACAGCUCUGCCUGGUCCCAGUAAUACCACCAGCAUUUCGUCAGCACUGCGGAAUGUAACUCAGAUAAUAGCUGCUGGAACAACGUCAGAAAAAUCUCCACAGUUUCGUUCUCCGAAUGUAGUCGCGCCCACAGAUUGUGAUCCUAUUCCAUCGUUUCUUGCGAAAUCAGUGCAGUCCACAUCGACGAGCAAUGCUGGCGUUUCUGGAAGCCAGCAAGCAGUUAAUUCGAACGCGUCGCCCAGAAACAACUACAAUGGUCCUUUCCCAUUUGCUAGUAUGACGCAUGCUGCUCAAGCAAUACACAAUCGCGAAUCGCAGGGGACAACAAUUAAGAACACAAUGCAGUUUAAGCAUCACACACAACCACCACCGCCGUAUCCGUCUCAGGAAAAUCUGGCCACAGCAUAUACGACUGGUCAUACGACUAGUGGUCAUGCUCAACCGGUCGUUACUAUUGGACAAUUGGCGAAUCAGUAUAAACCCGCGGCGAUCGCUACGACAUCUAGUCUGUCACCAAACAACAAUAGCAAUCUGGCAGGAAGUUCGAACGGGAGCGGAAAUCAGGUUGCUCUGUCCAGUCCGCUACUCGUGAAUCUUUUGCAGAACGACGCUAGUUCGCACGCAAAUAACAUCAUACCCGAUCAGAAAAUGUUACCGCCAGCUGUUAUCGACAACGCCGGACUUAGCAAUCGUAUGAGACCUACGAAGAAACCCACGGUUAGAAGGAAAGAUCUUCCGUCGCCCAGCGAAUCCCCACCAAACGUGGUGGAUACGUUGAAAAGCGAAGAGUUGACCGGCGGAACGACAACGGCGACAGUUAUACCAGCUUUAUCUCAAGUUUCUACGCCGUCAGCGUUCGCCACUGUCAACACCAAUCAACCGUCGACACUUCCACCCCAGCAGCAUACGGCCAAUGUGAUCGGCAAUAAUGCUGGACAGAACAUGAUGCCACCUCAAACGAUGCAUAAGGUGCCGGCCGGUGCUGGCCAGAUACAACAACAAGCACCGGCUUUACAUAAUCAAGUACAAACGCAGCAAAAGUUUCCCAUUAGACAAGAAUUGGCUUAUAGACCUUCGCAGAUUCAGGUCCAGAAUCAACAUGCUGUCAGGCAUCCCAUGAACGGACAACAAAUCAGAACACCUUUGCAACGGCAGUUGCUACUUCAACAACAGCAACAGCAACAUCUUACACAGCAGCAGCAGCAACAACAACAGCAGCAGCAAAUAAAUCAACAAAUUAUUCCGCAAGUUUCACAACAAGCCGUAAUCCAACAACAAAACACACCAUUGCAAACUACGGCUAUUGGCAACCAGUCGCUACUACAGCAACCGAUGCCAUCGUUAUUGCAAUACUCGACAACGGUAGGUUGCAUAAACAAUUCGCAACAACAACAACAACGGCUAGAUUACUUAAAUAGUCAGCGAGGAUCGACUCCGCCGCCUUAUCCGCGACAACCAGCAGUUUUGCAGCAAACAGCGCAACACUUAAAUCAACAGCAUCAAGCUCUCAAUGUGCAACAGCAAUUGCAUCACAAUCAAGUGAAGAACAUGAAUAUCAAUACUGGUGCGACUACUGAUUUUCGCUAUGGACAAAGUCAGAAUAUUCUCAGUAGAAAUUUCUCCCCCGCGACCAGCAAUGCUAAUGGGACCAUGUGGAACGCACAAAGCAACUCUUUUCCACAAGGUGCUCAAAUCAAUACCACCACACGUCUGUCACUUCCGAAUCAGGUUUCAGGUGCCUUUCCUCAAUGUGCGUCUCGUAUAAAUAAUUCUACCGCUAGCAUUGCUCCGUCUGUUAACAAGACGGAUACUAUCCCCUCCGAGUCUCCGAAGAAGCCGGAGAACGAGGAGUUUUCGGAGUUGGAAGAAUACAACUCAACUGGAAAGAGACGACAGCUUUUGAUCAAUCCUUUGACCGGACACUUGGAACAGAGAUCCAGUGAGAGUUCAGACUCGGAGCCGGAGAGCGCGGUAGAUAAUCAGGACGAUUAUUUCCCCUUUCCGUCCCCCUCGAAUGACAGAUCGAACUCGGUGUUCUCCGACAUGGAUGACGCGGACAGCAAUAUUUCGAAGAGAAACGAAACGACGACGACGGAUCAAUCGGAUUCCGAGACAACGGCGAAGUCCACGGCCAGUGAGGGAAGUUUGAAGCACAGCAGAAUAAAAUCCAAUUCCAGAGAAACCGCGCACAGUCCAAUGCCAGCGGAGAAAAUUAAAGUACGGAUGAAACUGGACAAAUCGGAUCCCGUUACACCAGCUUACAAGCUAGUUACCGACGUUUCUUGCGUGAAUACGCCGCCGCCCAUGCGAAAAGCCGAUAAAUCUGCAAAUAAAAUUUUUACAGCUGGUGUCCCGAGUACGGGAACCGGUGACGAACCGCUACGAGUGCCUCCGUUACAUAUUUCUUUAAGAGGACGUAACGCCUCAGUAGUACAAAGAAAGAAAGAGAAGAAGUCAUUGAAGGAAGAUGAGAGUGACCCGAUAAAGAGGAGAAACAAAUUCAAGAAGAUGAAAGAAUGUAUUGGGAACAAGCUGCUGCAGAAGAAAUUGAACGUUAUAGGUGCCGCAUCUGCAUCGAAAUUACCUUUGUCUAACUCCGUAAUAAAUAGUGCUAAUGCCGUGUGCAAAGUGGGUAAUAUGCUACAGACAUCUGUAGCAAAGCCUAAUGCCUUAAAACAGGAAUUACCGAUGGAUGCUGUGCGAUUGCAGACUAGCGCCGUUAUCAAGCCAAGUUCGAGCAAAAAUAGCGACAUAGACGACAUACCGUUGAACAGUAGGAUACCGUCUCCUUCGAAACAUAAAGCGGCUGCGAUUACGAAUUUGAACACUUCACAACCGUCAUUAACGAAGAGUCAAGUGGAUCACGACGCGCAAAAUCACAUGCAGGAACAUAAAAUAGGAGGAGGUAAAACAAAAAGAAGAGAUUCUAAAAAGAAAUUGGAAUCUGGAGACAGUGUGCAUCGGGAACAGACUCUUCUGUCGGGGGGUCGAAUAGUGGAUAAUCAAGCGAAAUGGAGAAAGCUUGGUUAUAAGUGCGAAUUAACCCAACCGAUAAGAAAGUCAGAGUCACUUUUAACUGGGAACGAUUUCGGGGCAAUUAAGAAGGUUGGCGAGAUUCGAAGAACAAGCGAUAGCGAUAUCACUAAGUCAGCCAUUGAGAAGAACAAUUCGCUGUGCAGUAUCGCUCCCAGAUUAACGGAGCUUAAUGGAGUAAAGAAGGACUUGUUAAGCCAAGACAAGAGAAGACGAUUGAGCUUGAUAGACGUAAAAGAUCUGCAUUUAGGAGAAUCUCCAAAUACAGAAACUACACACUUUAACAGUCAGAAAACGGCCGAGACUCCUGCAAACACAAUAGCAAUAGCGAAUCUAAAAACACCUAUUGGUCUAACUUUUGAGAGCGAUACUGAACUUAAAUUGACAAACUCAUCGGCGCAGCAGAGCGACGCUAGAAACUUAUCUAAUCCCGAAAAUAAAUUACCUGUGCACAUGGAAACUGGAAUAAAGAAUUCUCAGUCACCUAUGUCCAGGGUACUUUCCGUUAAGAGCAAAUCCGAUAUGGAGAAUUAUAUUGCCACCGUUAAAUCUCCUCAAACUAUCAGUCAAAAACUGAAAAAUCAUGUGGUUGCCAAGAGCGAAGCGAAUUCUGUUAUAAACAGGCACAGCAAAGCAGUAAUUGAACAGUUGAGUUUUAGUCACAAGAAGAUAGUUCAAAAUCACGUUGUGAAGCAGGUCGAUAGAUCGACAGUGGAGAGCAAAAUUGACAACACGUCACAGAAGAUCAGUCUGUUGAAAACCGUACCAAGCGCAGUGAUCAGUAACUCGGUGGAUCUGGUUUCGAGAUCGCAGAACAUUGACGUGUCUGCGAACAAGCCGAUCUUGCCCGUCGGCGAGAUAAACGUAACCGAGGCAAAAGUCAAGCAGAAGCUGCUCGAAAGUACAACUGUUCCAAUUGGACUUGGAACUGUCGUUGAUGCGAAUAUCGAAAGAGUUGGCAGCAACGGAGGUGGCGAAGACUCGGGUAUCGAGUCGAUGGAUGCUCUUUCGGAGAAAUCACCGAAUCAAGGAGAAUCCCCUUUGCACAGGCCGGCGUCGGCCACCGAAACAGUGACCCAGAGCAACGCUAAGAACGUAAUACAGGAGGAAUCUCCUUCUCUAUCAACCACCAAUAAGAACGUGCCUUCCUCAACUAGUAGUAGUGAUAUGUGUUCAAAUUCCCAUUCGGAACUUGUCAAGUCCAGUGGUCCACAAAGAUUAAGUCCUGUGUCUGUAGCGAGUUAUCUCGAGAACCAGCUAAAUCGCAAUAUAUCAAACACCAGUGAGCACGACGCAAAGGGUGUUCCUAGUGAGAAAUCAUCAUCGACAGUUCUAAGAACUGGUGGCGGACAUGGUGGUGAUUUAGUUGCUAGUUUAGAUACUGUGAGUAAUGAUAAGAGUGUGCCCAAUCCAUUAGUGACAGGAACAGUGACUGUCGUAACGACGUCUGUAACUAGCAGUAUAAAUAGUGAUAAUAACUUAUUGCAGUGCGCGCAUCAGCAGGCAAAAGAUUUUUCUGACAAAGACAGUUCUAGCGUUAAAUUAGAGAGUACUGUUAACCAAAUUGAUCAGGGUAAGACAAACUCUAAGCGUGUUGAGGAGCCAAGACCUGCGGAAGACGUAUCCGAGGACAGCACGAAAACUGUUACAGAAAUUAACCGUGCAAUUAGAUUAAGUGAUGAACCUCACGGACAGAGUAACAACAACAACAACAACAACAAUAAUAAUAAUAAUAAUAAUAAUAAUAAUAAUAAUAAUAAUAAUAAUGGUGUGCCUAUAAUACAAAAUCAUGUUUAUAAUAAACUCGAAACAGUAAAGCUCGAUAAUGUGCUCGCAAACAAUAGUGGCGUGGCAGUGGAUAAUUCUUGCUCGAACGGCGAGAGUUGCAACUCAGAAAUCAAAGUAGAAUCUAAAAUUAAUGUAAAGGUGGACGAUACCAGGCAGACUGAUCGGCUUGAAGUUUCAAAAAAUGGUAACGUUACGCUGAGUACAGCUUCCAUCAAGUUGGAAACAUGUACCGAACAAAAUCAGAAGUGUAAUGUACAAAAUCAACAGCAGAUUGCACUCAGAGACCCUUCUGUCAAUCUCCAAAAGGUAACGGACGAUUUAGUUAAAAAGAUGGUUAACGAUUCGAGCGAUCUGAGCGUGGGAAUUCAAUCACCUCUCGGCGAGGAUCCGCAACCUAUCAGGAUUACACCACCCUUGUACACAUAUUCCAAUCCUGUGGUUUUGCAACGGGACGAGACACCGAGCCCGGCGGCGCAAAAUCCCGAAGUGGACUCGAGUGACGUGGAACAUCUCAAACGCAAACGCAGAAGAAAGCAGGAGCUCGAAGGUCGGCAGGACGUCAUAUGUAUAGAGGAUAACGAUGAGGGACAUUAUGUGGAUAGGCUAAACUCGAACAGUUCGGAAGACUACAUAAAAAAACCGCACAAAUCGUUGCUCGAGCAGCUUUUGAUAGAUAUCCCAAACGAUAACAAUGAGAAACGAUCGCUGAGAACGAGAUCGCAGAAAUUGAAUAGCCCGGAUAUCGCAAAAACUCCGAAAAGCAGCCCUCACGGUCCUAACAAGCUAGAGGAGCGCCGUAGCAUAUCGCCUUACGCAAAAGCGAGUCCGAAACUGACAGUGUCAAAAUUGUCACCUAACGCGACAAUAAAAAUAGGAAAGCGGAAAAGGCAAGAGAGCGAGAGUUCUGUCGCGUCGAGUACAGCUGACGAUCCACAACCGAGACCAGGUAAACGGAAAUGCUCAGAGAAUGCUGCAGAACUUAUUAAAGCUUGCAUGGGUGUAGAAGAGGCUGGUUCUCUAAAGAAACAAGUACCUGGCAAGGAAGAACAAUCAAAGAAGGGGUUCAACAUUUUGGCAAAGGCUAAGAAAGGUCCCAUUGUGGUAGAAGUAGAUUCGUCUGAUGACGAACCGUUGAUUGAGUCUGUAGGGAAAGCAAGAGUACGAUUGUCAGAUGAAACAUCCGCUGCUUCCCCAAAGCCUAAAGAUCAAAAUAAUAGAGUGCAAAGAGGAGAGAGCCGUUUGUUAACUACCAAGCAGCCGAAUACGAUAACGACGACUACGACGACAACGACCAUGACGACGACGACGACGACACCACCAUCACCAUCACCAACAACAAUAACAACAACAACAACAACAACAACAGGAACGGCGACAACAAUAGUGACAACGGUGACGACAGCAACAGUUACUGUCGGGAAAGAGAGAUUACGAGGCACUUCUGUGUCCAGCAACGAGUCUGUUGGCGAAAUAAUGACGAGAAGAUCUGUACGGCAGAAUACAGCUUCACCACUAGCUACACCAGCAAGCAAUACUAGAGGUGCGUCCAGAUCUAUGGACGACAUUAACAGAAGAAAAACUCGUAGUGGUGCUGCAACCGCAGAAACGGCAGAACAAGCGAAAAGGAGGCGAAUAUCCCGAGAAAACAAAUGACCUUCGGGAAGUGACCUUGACAGUGAUUAGCUACCGUCGCUCGUCAAGGCCUAUUUGUCUGAUUGUAAAUUUGAUUUGAACGGGUAUUUGAUCGUCGUGUGGCUGGAUCCCACUUGGUGAAACUGUAUGCUUCACACUAGCGCACAAAGUUGCUGUAUAUCAUUUAUUGUGGGAGUAUCGUGUCAAAAAAAAAAA